AUGGUACAAGAAAAAUUAUCUACCAGUUACUCAAAAAAAACUGACAGCCUGACAGCAAGUACAUGUAAAGAAGCAACUGAGUAUCUGCUCUUUGGGAAGUUCUGUGCUAGUACUGGUGAUGCUGAGGAAAAGAUCGAACUUCAUCCCAUAGAAUUCAGAAGCAAGGAAAUAAAAUCUUACGAGGAAAAUAUUACAAUGCCCUAUGGGAAUUACAGCAAAACACCCAGGAAGGUGGAGUUGCAGAAGCAACCCAGCCAGAGCGCUCGAGUAUUCCCUGGCCACUCGUCUAUAAGACUGAGAAGUACACCCCCCACGCCAGAGGGGGCGCCAGAGAGGCGAGGCUUCCGGCAGCGUCUCUCGGGGUUCUUCCCUCCGCGAGGGCGUGAUUUCCUUCUCCACAGUUCGAGACCGGGAGGCGUGAGGAGCGCUGUCGCGGCCGCCGGCUCAACAGGACCAGGAGACAAGCCCCAGUCUGUGUCGUUCCAGCUUCCCGCCCUCUCCCUGCCACCUCCUCCCCGCCGGCCGGCUCGUGCCCCCCCCCCUUCUCGGCUUUUCUACCGGUCGCCGCCAUUUCGAAAGACCACGAGCCUGGCCGUGGCCGUGGCGGUGGCGGAAACAGUAGAGGAAAUACCAGAGGCAGCAGAAAAGUCCUCUGCUGCUUCCCAGAGCCAGGCUGGGGCUGAGUCCUCCAGCACUCCUGAGGCUUCUGAGAAAGCAACACCAUCUGCCUCAAACACUCUGAGUAUUUCUUCCACUGAAUCACAUGAGAGUUCCUUUGAGGAAAGUGAUGAAUUCCAGGAAAAGGAAUCCCCUGUUGAGGACCAGCCUUGUACCAUCCGUCCUCACCAAGAAAUGGUAUCAAGAAAGGUAAUGGUGCUCUUACAAUACUUGCUUCACAACUUCAAUUUGAGGCAGCAUACUACUAAGGAAGGCAUGCUGAAGGUUAUCACCAAGAAGUAUGAAGACGACUUUCCUGAGAUCUUCAGGAAAGCCUCUCAGAAGCUUGAAGAUGCCUUUGCAAUGGAAGUGAGGGAAGUCAACUCAAGUGAGCCCUCAUACAACCUCAUCAGCAAGCUGAAGCUCCCCAACAAUGGAAGGAUUCGUGCUGGCAGAGGCUUACCCAAGACUGCUUUUGUGAUGUGUGUCCUAGGUAUCAUCCUCGUUAGGGGCAGUUGUGCCAGUGAAGAAGAGAUCUGGCAAAUCCUGAAGACGAAGCGAAUCUAUCCAGGGAAGAAGCACUGCAUCUUUGGUGAGCCCCGGAAGCUCCUGACCCACUAUUUGGUGAAGCUGGAGUACCUGGAGUACAGGCAGGUGGCCGGCAGUGAUCCUCCACGCUAUGAGUUCCUUUGGGGUCCCAAAGCCUAUGCUGAAACAAGCAAGAUGAAAGUCCUGGAAUAUUUGGCCAAGACAAACCAAACAACACCUGGUGCCAUCUCUGCCCUUUAUGAAGAGGUUUUGAAAGGUGAUCAGGAACAAACAGAAGCCAGAGUUGAAGAUGACUCUGAUGCCACUGGCGAAACUAGUGAAGAUUCUUCAGCAAAAUUACCAGCGAAUUCCACUGUCCCUGUUGACCCCUAAAGUUUUCCUGUCAUUGAGAUAAGGACAUAAAGCAUGAAAAAAAAGGUUUUCUUGAAAAUAUGAAAUAAUUCUACAGUUAGAAGGAUUAAAAGAUGUUCAAAUCUAGUUUUCAUUCUUUUUUUUUUUUUUACUAUGUGGUUUGGUAAAGUUACAUGCAAUUAAAUGUUAUUCUUUGCUUAUGAAAUAAAGUUGAAGAAAUUAAA